AUGUGUUUUGGUGAUGCAGCGACGGGAAGCUCAGCUGAGCCGAAGAAACGGGUGGUACGCCUCACGCUCACGGAAGCAGCUGAGGAAAUCAAGAGGUUGCGGCGUUUCGAGAGAAAAGCGAAUACACAGAUUAAAGAAUAUGAGGAAAGCACUAAGAACCAGCAGGAGCAGAUAACGCGUCUCAAGCAGCAGGUAGUGGAUAAUGAACGCUCUCACCAGGCGGAAAUGGCCGCCCGAGCGAGCGCGUAUGAGGGCGAAACGAAGAGGCUCAAGACACAGCUCCAGAACGCCACUGACGAACUGCAACUUCUGCAAGAAACUUCUUUGCCUCUUGUCGAGGCGAGGAAGUUGACAUUUAAAGCGCUGCGUAAAGGCAGGGCGCUUCAGUACAUGGCACAACUCUACACGAACAACUCAGUGUUGGUUUCCGUGAAGCGCGAAGCUCUCUAUAAACUACUGGAGAAUGCAGUUGGCACCGACCACGCCUUGUUCCGUGCAACUCAUGGCUUCGCGUGCGGUGUUCAGUCGUACACUGACAGCCAUCUGAGGCUGCUCAGACAAGAGCAGCUUAUCCUGUUGGCUGAGAAUGAGAGGCUUCAGGCGCAGAUCCAGGAAAUGCAGUACAGCACGGAGAAAAAGCGCCGAGAUCGUAUUUUGCACCAAGAAGCAGCCGUUGUCGCAAAGCAUGAUGGGAAAUGGCUGCCUCAGGAUUUACGUGAAAAGUCUGUGGAAAUAACUGAUAGCCGUAGCAUGGAUCCGAGUUUUCAGAAGGAGGCAACAGAGUUGCAUGGUCUUCUGAAGUCCCAGUCUGUUCACACCGCCACUGCUAAGCGAGUUGAAAUGGACCUCGCAAGGGCAAAGCUACGCUCUCUCUGCUCAACCCUCAAGAUGGGGGAAACGAGACUUCUUUCUUAUGCUUUCCGCCGGCUGUACUCCCACUGCUUGACGGAAUCCAUAGUGAAUACAAUGGAGAAGGCAAUCAACAAAACGAAUGUGGAAUUUAGAAAGGAGAGUAUUGUCACUGGAUGCGCGCUAGUGACUUCCUUUGUUAGGACAAAUGAGAAGGCCAAGUUGCUCAGAGCCUUUUGGAUUCUGCUUUGUAACACUAGGAUGCAGGGCCGUGCCGAGGAAAUCCAAUCCCUGCAGGAGCAGCUAAAACAGGCAAAGGAGCAAAAGCCUACUUCAGAGAGCCGGGGGUACUAUGCGGGUCCCUGCCGUGCGUGCCACGCGUGGUCGGUGUUGUCUUCGGAACUGAACCAAGCCAAUUCUGGAGGCGUAAUAUCCUCAGCCAUGCCUCAGAGGGAGGACCCAGCAGCCGGAAUAGGUCUAGCUCCUUCACAGGGGGGUGGCAUCCCUCUCCCGGUGGCCUAUGCUCCGCACUAUUUCCGCAACCUGCCUUCGGCACAAAAGCGCCGCAACGUCUACUUCACCGCAACGCCCCCGAGAAUGCAAGAACAACUCAUCCCUAGCACUGUACAGAGGGCUCGAGACAUGGCCCUCAGCGAGGAAACGUUUUAUCGGCCAAUUUCAUUGGCUGAGGGAUGGAAGGGAACUGGCGUGAAUGGCUUGGGUAUUGGCAUGGAACCCGUGGGCAACGUCAUUGGAUCGCACGCUACGUCGCAGGACAGCAAGCUGGAAGCUGCAAAGGGAUCACUGAAGGGUGCCCUCCUUCUACCGCAGUAA